AUGGAUGACUGUUGUAGUAAAACGUAUAAUAAUGGUUUGGUGGAUUCUUCCAGUUAUAUCAUUUGUGGAUCUGAUAGUCUUGUAAAAAAUAAUAAUGGCAAAGGGAAAACAGAACUGUCGAGCAGUCAUCCAUUGGAUGGAAAUAUUAAAACGAAUAAAAUAGAUGAAACCUGUGUUAAAGUGUCAGCUCCGAAGCCCAUGACAUCAACUUUAAAGAAACCCGUUGCAAUUUUAAAAAAUCGUGCCAUUGAUGCCAAGAUUGCUACUCCAAUAAAAGUUUCCCUUGAACCUUACUGUCCUAUAAAGUUGGACUCAAUAAAACAAUUAAAAGACAGUACAAAGAAAUUAUUAUGUUUGCUAGAAGACAUUCAAACGAAAACAAACUUUAAAGUUUUUCCUAUAGCCGAUACAACUGAAAUCAGGCUUGCUCAAAUUGCAGCGGAGGAUAUAAAAGAGCCUGUAAAUACUGACGCAAGUGAUGAAGCACUGAAAAAGUUGGAAGCCAAAACAAAAGCAUUAAACACGAUUUACUUAGAGGACGAGGAUGACGAUUGUUCAAUAUUCAAAAGGCUGACAAGAAAAUGUAAUUGUUUAAAUCAGCUGGAAUACAAUGAUUUUAUAAUACAUUUCAAUGAGAAUACCAAAUAUUUCACAAGCACUACAGGGGAAAUUAUAAAGAAUAUGCGUAUUCUGAAGAAAUUUUUGUAUAUGGGAAGCAAAUAUACGAAGAAUGCGCUUAUAUUUUUAAAUGAGGGUCUGGCAGAUUCAGGUUAUGCAGAAAAGGUGGAAAUUACUCAAGGUUGUUCUCACUCAGACAUGUGUAAUGUUUUUGAAGAUAACUCCAUAGUAACUACGUGUAUAUCUUGGCCUUGCAAGCUAGAGUACUAUGGGGAUACCGUGACUCAGAAUUUGGCAGCAUCAUUCGUAUACAAACUAGCUCAGUUGGAAGAGGGACGUAGAUACCUGAAAUUCACAUCGAAAGUGACGAUUGACAUUAAAAAAGUUUUAAGGAAAAGAGGGUCCAAAUUAGACAUAGAUACAGUUGAAUUAUUAAACGCCGCAUUAAAAGUGAUGCACCCACCAAUGACACAACAUGUCAAUGGUAUAUACCACUUUAGGCAUCUUGAUGAAGGUUACGGGAGUGGAAAUUUUAAGGCUCUGUUACAAUUUAGAGCGUAUAUGUCGAUAGACGAAGUUUUCACACACUUAGACCUACUAAAUAAUUUGAGUAGCGACGAAAAGGGCAAAAUGGAACUGAAGAGGAACUUGCCUGGGUUGCUGCAACUUUUCAAAGAUAUGUUGCAACAGUAUGAUAACAGUGAAAUGAACAUAAUAAUCACAAAUAUUCUAAAUAAUAUCGUAUCUAAAAAUAUGUUUCAAGAAAAUAAUAGAUCGGACUGGCCGAAAGCUUUGAUUAUGGCAAAUAUAGCUACUGAGCCUGUUAAAACGAGAAAUGAAACAAUACAACAACCAGAAAAGAAAACUCAUAAGAAGCCAAAUAAAUCGAGAAUUUUCUUGAAUAGAGGUCAUAAAGCUAUUGGGGGCCCUGCUGAUCAUAACAAAUCAAAAAAGUUGAUUAAAGACAGAAGACCAAUCAUAGUAGUUCCAGUUGAAAAAAAAUAA